AUGCCAUUACUUCGUGCCUUUCUUGUCUUUCUUGCUCUUGUCGCUGGAGAUAUUUCGGCCACAGUCAUCAAACCGACGGCAUGUGAUUCAAAGAAGGACGUUUGUAUCAAAGUUACUCUCCCUCGAGUUACUAUUACCGAAACUUCAACCAAAAUUCGUGCCUCGACAUCCACCAUUGCGUAUACCGUAACCCAAAGUGCUAGUGGCGGCACUGUUCUUGAGACGAUAACGGAUGUGGUCACAAUCAUCCCGUCAACAGUCGUCAAUGUGACCUCGCCUGCGAACACACCUGCGGCUACUGCAAAGCGUCUUGCCCGACGCGGCCCUCUGUUCCGUGCAAUGCCCGAUUUGAAGCUGCUGGAUUCUCGAAGUCAAAAAUGUAUUUCGGCUAUUCCAUCUUAUGCUAGAGAUUGUAGGGACGCAACUCGCUACGCCAGUGCAUGCUCUUGUUACGGCGUCCCUGCAAAAGUCUCUACUAUUCCUGCAAAAACCACAACUUGUACGAAGAUCGUCACUUCUACUUCCGUUUCACUGCUUUCCACGGCAGCCACGACAGUUUACAUCACCGCGGCCGCAAUGACAGAAACAACCACUAUUACAAGCACAACCUCGAACGACGCAAAUCCCACAACUCUGUCGUUGUUUGACCUUCAGGUUUUCAACACUCCAGGACAAGCACAGGCUCUUUAUAUGCGGAAGGGAUUCGGAUUCCAAGUAGCAUCUAUUGACGACUUCCUCGGUUUUAUCCUCGAACCGAAUGGGAGGUUGUACACUCCCAAUGGUAGAAGAACAUACUACUUCUGCGUCUCAGGUGGUGAUUCUUCUGCACCGGCGUCUAUUACAAACGGUGUAUACAACGAUCCAAACAGUCCGCCGGCUUUCCCGGGUCAAGAACUUUUAUGCGGCUUCGACUCAAAUCAAGUUCUUAGCUGUCAAUGUACAGUUGCUGGGACUACUUAUGUAGAGCUGAUAUUUAACAACUACUUUGAAGGUCUCAAUCACGGUCUAGUAUAUGUUGCGACCGCUGGGUACUCUUUGGCACCUACGCAAGCCGUCGUUACGGCACAAGCUGUCCCAUUCCAUUGGGAUGAUAAAUGUGGUUAUCAUGAGGAUGAGAAUGGUGAUAACUCUUUUGAUCAAGAUUGCGAUGCCCUAUAUGUUGACCCCAAGUAUGCGGAAGAUCUUUCCGAUACUGGGGGGUUCGAACAAAAUCCUUAA